AUGGAGAAAACUGAAGAAGAGGAGCUUAAUACGGAGAUAGGGUCUUUACGACUCCUUAAUGCUUUAAAGGUCAAACCCCUACCAAAGAAUUCUAAAGGUAAGGGUUUGAUGUACAUAGAUGGGAAGCUAAACAGAUCACCUGUCACCAUGAUGUGUAACACUGGAGCUACCCAUAAUUUUAUCACUCUGGAAAAGGCUAAGAGAAUAGGUCUCAAGGUGGUGCAGGAGGGAGGAAGUCUAAAGGCAGCUAACUCACCUUCUAAGCAACUAUAUGGCAUAGCACAAGGAGUUGAGCUAUGUUUGGGGAGCUGGAGUGGUAAGAUAGACUUCUCCGUAGCUCCUAUAGAUGACUUCAAGGUCGUGCUAGCACUUAAGUUCUUCAGGCAGGUAAACGAUUACCCCAUGCCCUAUUAUAAUUUACUUUGCAUACUCGAGAAGGAAAACCCUUGCUUUGUGCUUGCAAGAAGAGUGAAUGGUGGACACCAACUCUCGGCCUUGCAAGUCAAGAAGGGAUUAAAGAAGGGAGAGGCUACGUACUUGGUGGCACUAAAGGAGAUUGACCCUAGGGAUAAGGUCAAGGAAGAAGUCCCUCUCAUAAUUGCCCAUAUCUUGGUAGAGAACCAAGACAUUAUGCCUAUUGAAUUGCCCAAGAAGCUUCCACCACAUAAAGAGGUGGAUCAUGAGAUCGAGUUAGAAUUGGGAACUCAGCCACUGGCCAUGGCACCAUAUCAAAUGGCACCACCCGAGUUGGAGUAA